AUGCCUGGCAGUCGACAAGUCUUCCAACCUCCGCCUGCCACCAACUUCCUCCUCCUCUUGCUGUCCGUAGCCUGCCUGGGCCCCAGGUGCCAGGCCCUGUGGGUAGACAGGGGCCCACCCUCGGUGACGGUAGGCUUGGGAGACGAGGCCCGCCUCCGUUGCCUGAACAAUGGCAGCAGCCCCAAUGUCACAUGGUGGCGUGUCCUCCAUGGCAACUACACUUGGACCCCUCAGUUUGUGGGCAAAGGCUAUGGUCCAGAUGGUGAGCUGAUCAUCCGGAAUGUGAACAAGAGCCACGGGGCCAUAUAUGUGUGCCACGUCAAUGAAGAAGGAAACAAAGCAUACCAGCGCUCCUGUGGCACCUACCUCCGUGUGCGUGAGCUGCCCCCCAGACCUUUCCUGGAUAUGGGAGAGGGCACCAAGAAUCGCAUCAUCACAGCUGAGGGGAUCAUCCUGCUGUUCUGUGCGGUGGUGCCUGGGACGCUGCUGCUGUUCAGGAAACGAUGGCAGAAUGAGAAGUUCAGCAUGGGUGCCCAGGAUGACUAUGAAGAUGAAAAUCUUUAUGAGGGCCUGAAUCUUGACGACUGCUCCAUGUAUGAGGACAUCUCCCGGGGCCUCCAGGGCACCUACCAGGACGUGGGCAGCCUCCACAUCGGAGAUGUCCAGCUGGAGAAGCCCUGA